GGACGUGUUGUGCGAAACCACACCCUCUAAAUCCAACCCUGCUCCAACUUUUUGCCUUUGAGCUGAAAUGAAAUCCUUGGGCACGAGAGAAAUUCACCGUUUUACUCAUGAAUUAGGACUUUCUCCACAGGAAUAACAAGAAAUGUUUAGACGCUGGAGUCGACAUGGCGUGAAGUCCCUCGUAUAGUUUCUGUCCAUCAAAUAUUGAUAGGAGGGUUGGGCGCUAUGGCGGAGGGGGAGGAGGCCAUGAGCCAGGAGGACUGGAAGGAGAAGUGUAUGGUCCUGGAGGCCCUGCUCAUGAAGUUCAGAGUGCAGAUCAUCAAGAUUCGAGAACUCACCGCUGACAAGAUUCAACAAUUGGAGACGCAGGUGAUCGAUGCAGAAAAGCGGGCCUUCACCGCUCACCAACAGGUGCAGUGGAUGGAGGAGAAGCUGAAAGCUCCAGACAGCCAGUCCGGAGACUCCGAGGUGCGUUUGUUCCAGCGCUGCCAGGAGCUGCAGGCCUCGGUGCAGGAGAAGGAGGACGUCAUCGGCCAGCUGGAGCAGCAGCUGGAGGAGCAGAAACAGAUCCGACUUCAGGAUGCCAAAACGGUGGAGGAGAAAGCAGCAAAGAUCAAGGAAUGGGUGAUGCUAAAGUUGUCAGAGUUUGAGGUGGAGAACGCGGCAUUAAAAGAAACCAACAAGCAGCAGGAGGCUCAGAUUGUGGAGUUACAGAAACAAGUGCAGGCCUUUGAGCAGAAGUGUGGUGGGGAACGAGGAGUCCUGUGCAGACCAGGGGAGGCCCAGCGUCUCAGCAGCCUGACGUUUGGCUGUUUCCAAGUGAGGGGGAAGAGCCCCCAGGUCCUCACUGGACCAGCACCCUGCCAGAGGAGCCUGAGCACCCAGGGAGAGACUGAGGGCAGAGAUAAGACUGAGAAGAGUAGUAAGCAGACAGUCUUCUCAGGCACAAACGGUGAAGUCCAGACCCCUGACCAGACUGGACUUCUGGGUAAUCCUCUGGAGGAUGACAGUGCAUCUGAAAGCCUGGGUGAGAAAGCCCUUGGACCUGAGUCCCGCAGCGUCUCCUCCGUUCUCUCCAGCGCUGCAUCAGAUGGGGAGGGAGGAGGAGGGGGAGGAGGGUGUGAGGGCAGAGGAGGAGGAGGAGGAGGAGGGUGUGCUCUGGAGUUCAGCCGCCCCGGCAGUGACACCUACCUGACUGCUUCGGACGACAGCAGCUCUCUAUUCGACGACGACAUGCAGCGCGCCGAGCGGCCCCGCUUCAGCCUGCUGGGCUCAUCAGAGGGGACUCUGGGAGGCUGUAAGGAUGGGGGGGAGGAGGGGGAGGGGGGGGCACACAGGGCCAAGCUGGAGGACUGCACCUCAGAGGAGCUCAACAAGCGAUUCCAGUCACAGAGACUUGACUCCUCAUCCUCUUCUGGCGAAGCUAACACCCCCAGCCCCAUCCUCACCCCAGCCCUCACCCCUAAACGACCCAACCCACCCCAGGACCCGAGGGAUAACCCCGCAUCGCCCAAACAGCCCCGGCUGCGGACCCCAGCAGGGUUCGGGUUGACGAAUGUGGCUCUGGCCAAGAAACACCUGAGCCAGCCACCGAUCAGCAGCGAGGCAGCACACGGACAAACACGCAACGCUCUCAGCAUGCUGCGCCCCCUCCGGCCACAGGAAACUGACCUCGACCAGGAGCAGGAGGUUGGCAUGGAAACGGGAAGGGACACGCCUCCUCAAAGCCUCCCUUGCUCACAAGCUGCGCCUACAUUUCCAACCUUGCAGACAUCACCUGCUCCACCUGAACCCGGUACAGAGAUCAGCCCAAAGAAGGAAGACUGUGACAGCUCAGCACCGCCUACACCCCCUUUGCACAGGCUGCCCUCCUGGGAGAGUCGCAUCUAUGCUGUUGCUAAAUCAGGAAUCCGACUGUCUGAGACAUCCUGCACAGACCCUGCUAGCAAAGACCCUUACCUCCAGUCCUCCUAUCCUGCCUUUGUAAUGUACACAUCCCUCAUUUAUAAAAACAUGACUACUCCAGUUUACACUACUCUGAAGGGGAAAGCCACCAUGCUGAGCAGCAGUCCGUUCUCAGACGAGUCUUCCAGCUCCGAGGAGUCCUCUAGCUCCGGAGAGGAGGACGGAUCCCUCUGCAGCUCCCACACCUCGUCCAGCUCCCGCAAGGACAGCAGCCCGGGCAGCCCGCGCUCUCUCAAGAGAGCUGUGUCCAUGUCUUCUAUGACAUCAGAGAGCGACUAUGCCAUCCCUCCUGAUGCCUACUCCACCGACACAGAGUGCUCUGAACCGGAGCAAAAACUCCCCAAAACCUGCUCUUCAGCCAGUGACAACGGCAAGAGUGAACCAAUGGAGAAGUCAGGCUACCUGUUGAAAAUGGUGAAGACCUGGAAGAAAACAUGGAAGAGACGCUGGUUUGUCCUCAAAGACGGAGAGCUGCUCUACUACAACUCACCUAGUGAUGUGAUCAGAAAACCUCAGGGUCAGAUCGAAGUCAAUGCCACCAGCAGCAUCGCCCGUGGAGACGGAAAACAAGUCCUCCAGGUGGUGACAGGGAAGCGUGUGUACUACCUGAAGGCUGACUCCCCUAACCUGCUGGAGGAGUGGCUCAGGGUGCUGCAGAGUGUGCUCAGGGUGAAAGCUGCCAGUCCUCUCUUCACCCAGCCGGAUAUUCGCCCCGGCAUGAAGGGACUGCUCAUCAAGGUGAAGCACGGCUACUCUAAGCGGGUUUGGUGUGCCCUGAUUGGCAAAACCUUGUACUAUUUCCGCAGCCAAGAGGACAAGUUCCCCCUGGGUCAGAUUAAGCUGUGGGAGGCCCAGGUGGAGGAGGUAGACAGGUCAAGAGAUUCAGAUGAUGACCUAAAGGCAUGUGGGCGGGGCUUACAGGCAGCAUCUUUUACCAUAGCCAUCCACCCACAAGAGCAAGGGCCGACCUACCUGCUCAUCGAGUCCCGCCACGAAAAGGACUCGUGGCUGUACCAUCUGUCUGUGGCGGCGGGCACCACCGUGGGUAAAGUCGGCACUGAGUUUGAACAACUGGUGGGAAAACUCUUCCAACUGGACGGAGAUCCAAACUCUCAGAUCUGGAGACAUCCCAUGUUGUGUUUCAGUAAGGAAGCUCUGUUGUCUCCUCUCACCACCCUGCCUUCACAAGCUCUGCAGACAGAGGCCGUUAAACUAUUUAAGACUUGUCAGCUUUUCAUCAACGUAGCCAUUGACUCUCCGGCCAUCGACUACCAUGUCUCACUGGCCCAGAGUGCUUUGCAGGUGUGUCUGGCCCACCCAGAGCUCCAGAAUGAGUUCUUCUGCCAGCUCAUUAAACAGACCCGCAGGAGGCAGCCACACGGCCAUCCAGGACCGCUGCAGGGUUGGCAGUUUCUAGCCUUGUGUGUCGGAUUGUUUCUGCCUCAGCACCCGUUCCUCUGGCUGCUCCAGGUUCACCUCAAAAGACACGGAGACUCCAGGACUGAGGUGGGUAAGUAUGCCAUCUACUGCCAGCGCUCUAUGGAGCGGACCCAGCAGAAGGGCGAGAGGCAUGCCAGGCCGUCCCGUAUGGAGAUACUGUCGAUCCUACUGAGGAAUCCCUAUCAUCACUCUCUGCCAUUCAGCGUCCCUGUUCACUUCCUCAAUAACACCUACCAGGUGGUGAGCUUCGAUGCUUCGACCACAGUGGACGAGUUCCAGUGUCGCCUCAACCAGGACACCGGCAUAAGGAAAACAGGGCUAUCUGGUUUCAGCUUGUACACUGAUGACCCUACUGGAAGAGAGCUGGAACACUGCCUGCAAGGAGGCAUCAAGAUUUGUGACAUUAUCUCCAAAUGGGAGCAAGCCUCUAAGGAGCAGCACACUGGCAAGUCUGAAAGCACCAGGACUGUCCGCCUCACCUACAAGAACAGGCUGUACUUCUCACUCCAGGUCAGGGGGGAGUCAGAGAGGGAGAGGUUGCUGCUGGCUUAUCAGACAAAUGAGGCCAUUGUAGCGGGACACUUCCCUGUCAACAAGGAACUGGCUCUGGAAAUGGCUGCCCUGCUGGCCCAGGUGGAGUUUGGGGACUUUGAGCGUCCCUUCUCAGCUCCUGGAUCAGCCCAGACCAAGUCUAACCAAACCCUGAAACAGGUUCUGGACAGAUUUUACCCAAAACAUUACCGCAGGACCACGUCUGAGGAGCAGCUCAGACAACUGCUGCUGCGCCUCUCUGCCCGCUGGGCCUCCCUCAGGGGUCGAAGUUCCCCCGAGUGUGUCAGGAUCUACCUGACCGUUGCCAGGAAGUGGCCUUUCUUUGGAGCCAAAUUAUUUGAAGCAGAGUCCAUCACUCCCUCUCCAGAGCAGGGUGCACGUGUUUGGCUGGCAGUGCAUGAAGAUGGUAUUGGCGUUCUGGAAAACAACUCUGUUAAGCCGCUGGUGUGCCACCCAUACAAGAGCCUGAUGACGUUCGGAGGCUGCAAACAGGACUUCAUGCUGGUCGUGGGGCAGAGCAUCGGGGCCAACGCCAGCAAAGACAAACCUACAGAGAAAUAUCUAUUUGCGAUGGACGCCUCCAAGAUAAGGGAGAUCACCCUCCUCAUCUCCAGUUACAUCAACAGCGCUCAUCAGCAGAAAGCCGCCGCCCACCACCUCUCUGCCCCGGCUCUGAUGGUGGCCCAGCCCAUCAGUCUGAAGAGCAGAGAUCUGAGGAGCAAAUCCCCACCGGCACUGGGACGCCCCAGCAAGACCCCCACGCUGCUGUGACGGCGCAAACCUAUCACGUCCCCGAUCUCUCUGAGGAACAUUCACUUCGCUGAGCUGCCUUUUUCACCUUGUUUGAAUUUUGAAAAUGAAGGAUUUAUUUACAGCUGCGCAAGGCCUGAAUUCCAUUGGCACAGAGCUCUUCCUUCUUAUCAGUGUGAUCCUGUAGAUGUGUCUCUUUGGGCCAGAUUCAUUUCUUCUAUGUGGAAUGGUCACUUCUCUGCCUACUGGAAGUGACAAGUAUUGUCUUCCCUAAACCAUGGUUGCUCCAUCCACUUGAGUUUGGACUCGUUUUCAUAUCCGUUUGGUAUAAUUUGAUAUCACAGACGAGCUGAGGUUGCAGCAGUUUACUGCUAUGAUCAUACAGGAGUUCUAGGAGUUGGUGUCCUUUAAUUUCAAGCAUUUGAACUCCUGAAAGGUGACCUACUAGUGCAUUCCUCAGAGAACAUAAUGGAACUGGAGCAGUGAGCUGGUACAAAGGUGUCCUAAGAGGCUUUUGCUUAACAUUCUGCAUAUUUGACAUAUAUUGGUCUACCUGAUGAAUGUGUCGCCUUUGUUUUAUGUCAGACUCUAAAGAAAGGUCAACACUAUUUAUUGACAGACUGAGCUAGUGUUUUAAAGUCUCCAAUAAUCCAUCUGUGCUGUGUGGUGCAUUAUCUUUUUUUUUUUUUUUUUUUUAAAGGUGUUCUUUGAAGUAAACUUUUGUAUUCCUGUCUUAAAAAAAGAAUGCACACACAAUUUAGAAAAGGCAAUGACGCCUUGUUAAGGAGGGUAUUUUUGUAUCUUUCUUUCUGUCCCCCUGUAGGGCACAAUAACUCUACCAGGAAUUAAAACCCUUACAGUGUUGGAUAUCGUUGUAUAAUGAAGGAUACUAAUCAAAAAUGAUGAAAGCAUAGGGCAAGACUGCAGCUGAAGAAAAAUGUUAACGUAGUUGUGUGUGUGUGUGUGUGUGUGUGUGUGUGUGUAUAUUUGCAAUGCAACAGAUGUGAUUGGUAAGCCCGUAGAGUGGGCAAGUUGGUUGCGACGGGGAAAAGUUUGUAGUUUAUAAGAGGACGCCAGUUUGGACCCUGUGUGCUCUUAGUUACUGAAUAGCCAGGAGAGUGGUGAAACUUUAAUCAUGUACAAAUACUUUCUGGUGGCGUGCACGACUAAAAUCAACGAGAUCCCUCUGCUCAGUAUUUCACGACGUCAUUUAGAGAAGUAACACAGGGUUCAGGUAGAUUUUGAGGAAGAUGGUCAGGGGAUGUGAUAAGGGAACAGGUUGGUGAAAAUAUGUUGCGGUUGCUCGGGUUACAGAGAAAUGGUGUUUCUCUGUUCUGUCAACUAGCGUGACACAGAAUAUGAUGGUAUCUCAAAGAAGCAGUCUUCCUCUUCUCUAAUCCAAAGAUAAACUGGAAAACUAAUUUUAUAUGUAUGGUACAAAGCCAAGGUAAGGUAAAAGCUGAUUUUCCCUCCCAGUAUUAUCUGAAGCCUGUGAGUAUUGUCAGGUGUUAUAUUUAUUUGUCAUAUAAAAUAAUCAUCCUUGGAAUUAUUGUACAUUUCUCAUGCUUGAAUAAACUUAAACAGCAAAC